AUGUGGAACGAUACAUCUAACGAUGGCUUCUUUACAAAGAAGCUCUUUCGCAUAGCAAAGGAAAGGGAGCUUCUGGUGGUCAUGAAGAUGGAUUUUAAGGUUUAUCUAACACCAUGCGCCGUCAUCAAGGGCCCUGACGACUCCUGUCCCGAAGUGUGGCCAUCAAAUGACGGUGUGCAAAGCGUUGUUUCUAAAUUCCGGGCAUUGCCGGUGGUGGAGCAACAGAAGAGAAGGAUGGACCAAGAGACUUUCCUCAAUCAUCGGAUAGCCAAAACGUCCGAGCAGUUGAAGAAAGAGAUCAAGGAGGGCAGGGAUUGGGAGAUAAGGGAAGUCAUGUUCCACUGUUUGACAGGAAACAUGCAUCUGUUUCAUCUAUAUCCCGUGGAUCUGAAAGAUUUAGGUUCUCUGAUUGACAAAUAUCUGGAAGAUGUUAAUCGGAGGAUCGAGGUUUUGGAGGAUUCUCGUGUGGAGAUCGGUGAAUCCUCCUAUGCUGCUGGUGGUCCUUCUGAAGGGCUUGGAUCUGCUCCAGCCGCUACGAUUGAUGAGGAUGAUUCUUCCUCCUCAUCGACAACUGCCGCCGCCCGCAGGUUUCAUUAA